AUGGUAUUUCACAAGAACUAUGCCGAUGGAACUCCAAGACCACUGUGUCGAGGAUGGCUGCAUGGGAUGGGAGCAAUGACGUAUCUCCCUCUAGUAUGUGUUCAUUGGAACGACAUUCCCACCCCAGCAUUGCCCGCUGUCAUUGCCAUUGCCUUUGUUUUCAUAAUGUCCAGUCUGGUGCACUUGGUUCCCUGGAAGUCUGAAGCACUGCUGGAAGCCAUUACUCGAGUUGACAAAUCCUGUAUUCUGGCUGUCUGCGGGGCUUCCUUCAUGGGAUUUCAGCUAGUGGAGAGUGAAGCGUGUAAGCCGGAUUUCUUGCUGUCAGUAGGUACCGUUGCCGUGCCUGUGACAUUAGGGAUCAUCGGAGUCCUCUGUGGAUUUGGACCCAUUGUCUUUUCAAGCUGUGCCAUUGCCUUUGUUUCCAAUUUAUGGUUCCUGGGAUGGCAUGUGCAUGACAACCUAGACGCAUUCUACCACACCGUUGGUUGUCUCAUUCUCUAUGGAUCGGGACUCACACUUUAUGCUACACAAGUGGGAGGACAUCGCAAGUAUUGGGGCUACCAUGAAUGGAUGCAUCUCCUUGUCACAAUGGGGAUCCUUGUCAACAUUCGUGGAAACUGGACAUACAGUUUGUACAUGGAAGAUAUCUGCUCUGCUGCCAGUGCUGCUGUGGGUUCCAUGGUACAACCACCGGGACAUCUGUUUGCUGAUUUGGAUUGGAUGGGUAUUCAAUGA